GUUGCAGGCGCAAGGUACGACCCCGACCCCCGUCUCACCUCUGGCCUGCUCCUCCGACCCCCGCAACCACCGCCCGGGCCUCCCUCCGCCGGUAGCCGGCAGUCCUGCCCGGCCCUCCCUCCCAUCCUUCCAGCCCCUUCCGACUCCGGCAUCCUACCAGAAACUUCCUCGGCCCUUUCUUUCCACCUGCUUGUUAACCGCCCUGUUGGCCCCCAUCCUAAGUUAUUUAGGCCUCGUUCUGAGCCCUGAGGCUAGAGCUAAACCCUCCUCCCCCGCAGCGAUUCAUUUUCAAGUAGUAGUUGUUGAGUAGCUGUUAAGAGACCGCCUGUGUAACAAGACACAGAAAGUCCCUUCUCUCAAGGACAGCACAUUCUUGUGGGGGCGGUGGGGAGGGCGUGGGUCUUCAGCGAGUAAGCGACCUUGGGGAUAAUCAGGAUUAGGAAGCAGACAGACAGGGUGAUGUGAUAGAGUUGACUGGAGUGGGAGAUCAAGGGCAGCAUCUCUGAAGAAUGUCUAAAUGAUGAGAAGCCAAGUGCACAAUGUUUUGGGACCCGAAGCGAACUGCAAUGAGAAGAGCCCCCCCAGAAGGUUCUUCAAACCCAGAAGAAGAAAGUGUUCUCUACUCCAACCGAGCAGCAUGUCACUUGAAGGAUGGAAACUGCAGAGACUGCAUCAAAGAUUGCACUUCAGCACUGGUCUUGAUUCCCUUCAGCAUUAAGCCUCUGCUGCGGCGAGCAUCUGCUUAUGAGGCUCUGGAGAAGUACCCUAUGGCCUAUGUUGACUAUAAGACUGUGCUGCAGAUUGAUGAUAGUGUGACGUCAGCCCUAGAAGGCAUCAACAGAAUGACCAGAGCUCUCAUGGACUCGCUUGGGCCUGAGUGGCGCCUGAAGCUGCCCUCUAUUCCCUUGGUGCCUGUUUCAGCUCAGAAGAGAUGGAAUUCCUUGCCUUCAGAGAACCACAAAGAGAUGGCUAAAAGCAAAUCCAAAGAAACCACAACUACAAAGAACAGAGUGCCUUCUGCUGGGGAUGUGGAGAGAGCCAGAGUUCUGAAGGAAGAAGGCAAUGAGCUUGUAAAGAAGGGAAGCCAUAAGAAAGCUAUUGAGAAGUACAGUGAAAGCCUCUUGUAUAGUAACCUGGAGUCUGCCACAUACAGCAACAGAGCACUCUGCUAUUUGGUCCUGAAGCAGUACAAGGAAGCAGUGAAGGACUGCACAGAAGCCCUCAAGCUGGAUGGAAAGAAUGUGAAGGCAUUCUACAGACGGGCUCAAGCCCACAAGGCACUCAAGGACUAUAAAUCCAGCUUUGCAGACAUCAGCAACCUCCUACAGAUUGAGCCUAGGAACGGUCCUGCACAGAAGUUACGGCAGGAAGUGAAGCAGAGCCUACACUAAAAAUCCAGCAAGGCAGCCGGAAACCCCUGCCUGACCUUACCAGAGGAGCUGCGGGCCACCUGCUCUGUGCCCGCGCCUGAAACCCAGCAUGCCCCAAGUGAGCUCUGAAGCCCCCCCCCAGCCCUUGAUGGCCUCCCACCCCAGAAGAGGCUUUGCUUGUUCAAAUUAAGCUCAGUGUAGUCAUACACAGACAUCAUUGUUUCGCCAGAAGAGUCCCACUAGAGCUAAGUGUGAAGCUGAAGCCCUGUCCCUAUUCCCCCCAGCUCAGCUAGCUGAUCACAACAGCAGAUCCUCAUCGGCAAAGCAUUUAGCUUUGUCCUGCCCAAGUGUGCUCCAGACUGAGUGCGGCCCAUGUAGCUUCCCCAGACCCCACCUCACUGCAGUUAAUCUGAACAGCCUGAGCUUCUGGGCAAGGGUGGGAGGGGUUUGGGGAGGAUGAUAAACCUAAGGCCCUGACGCAAAGCAGUCUGUUGAGCUGGUUCUCCAGGACUGCAGUCUCUCCAGGUGUGCAGCUGCUGUCCCUCUCCUGUCCUUAGACAGUCUCCUGUGUCUGAGCCCCAGUGCCUUUUGUUCAGGCCAUCCUUUGGUGGGAAGGCAGAGCCCUGACCCCUGGAUGUCUGUUCAUGACUCUGUGCUACUGCCUUCUGCAGAGAGGCACCUAAGCUGUUUUAAGAACCCAGUGAUUGUGGCCACUCCUCUUAGAGGUGAGAUGGGGAGAGAGGCCUCCUUGGUCAGUGUCCAUGCUUUCUGGGCAGGGACUUGGCUUUUUGUUCCAACAGUGGCCUUCUCCAGGCCUCUUAGUUCUUUGUAAUAUGUUGAAGUUAAUUUGAACUGACUGAUUUUGUUGAACUGCGUGUUUAAGCUGUUGCAUUAAAAGGCUUUCUUCUACAU